ACUGAACGGGCGUUAGGACCCAGAGGAGACCUGCAGCGGGGAGGGCCGGGGAAACAUGGCGGACCACAACAAGACAGACAGCGCAGAGAAGUUCUUCAGUGAAAUAUUAAGUCCGUCGGAGCUGUUCGCGGCCCGAUCCCGGAGCCACAAGAUCCCAGUCAGAGGACAGAAGGAUUUCUUCCCCGACGACUCGGACGAGCAGAGACGGCGACUCGAGCAGAGUCUGAAGGAGCACUGGAGCCUCGUCUCAGAGGAGAGAGUGGAGAAGCUGGGAAACUUGGUGAAGGCCGUUUGGGUUCCCAGUGAGCAGAUAGUGGAGCUCCAGUCUCCAGCUGGAAAGUUCUGGCAGACGAUGGGCUUUUCUGCCGACGGCAAGCAGCAUCUCCUCCCUGAAGAGGCUCUGUACCUGCUGGAGUGUGGCAACCUGCAGGUGUUUUACCGGGACCUGCCGCUGUCCAUCCAGGACGGCUAUGAGCGGUUUCUGUCCUCCAGCAGCGUCAGCCUGCAGCAGUAUCAGGUGUUUGCACAUUUGAAGAGGCUCGGCUACGUGGUGCACAGGUUCGAUCCCAGUUCGGAGCCGUCGUCCUACUCCAGGCAGCUCAACCUCCCGCAGUCACAGAGAGACAGAGCAGUGAGACAGGUGAAGAGGAAGCGCAGCGCCAGCCCCGCCGCCACAUCCAGUCCCUCUGAUGUUUCCCCGGCUGACAGAAUGGAGGAAGAACUGACGUCGUCUCCGGGGACUUCAGGGACCGUCGCUGCAGGUUCAGCAGACGGAGGCGGGGGCAGGACCUGGUGGAUGACGGACCCUGUCGGGGGCCGAUCGGAUCACCGACCCGACUCCGGUCGCUCGCGCUGGCACUUCAGCUCCAUCUCGUUCCCCGACCUGGGCUCCAGCGAGGGCCUCUCCGGCUGCCUGUUCCCUCCGGACCCCUCUCUGCUCCCUGAGGGUCUGACUGUGGGGGUCUGCGACGUCACCCCCUGGAGGCAGAGGAUUAACCUGCGGAAGGUGAAGAUGUCCCCGAAGGAGCAGAAGAGGGAAGAGGACGAGCGGCGGCACCGGUGCGACGUCAACAAAGACAGAGAGGUUCGUCGGUGCAGAAACUGGGCCGAGUACCACGAGCUCCUGGCGAGGCGGCAGGAGAAGCGUAAAGGCCGACCGGCACACUUGUGGAAAAGGGAAGUCACGCCUUUACAUGACCCAACACGACCGAUCUCCACCGGGGAACUGUUGGACAAAAUCAGUGUGAUUAAACCUACACAUCUGCUGGAGGGAGUGUCCAGGUUCAACGGCUCAGACGAGUGGAGGAUUUGUUUCAAUGUUUACCAACCGGAUUCAGUGGCUGACUUCAGGAAGAGCAACCCGGGGAAACCUUACGCCCGCAUGUGUGUGUGCAGUUUCGACGGCCCUGUUCCUGACCUGCGAGCUAUGAAGCUGCUGGCCUUCCAGAGCGGAGACGUCCCGGUGGUCUUUGCUGUCGUGGACUACGGAGACAUCUCCUUCUACACCUUCAAAGACUUCCAGCUGCCCACUGAUGUGUUCCCCUAAACCUCUCUGUACCAACGCGUAUCCAGGACCUUUAAAUAAAUCUGUUGGGUUGGCGGGACGUAGAAAAAUAAAAUAUAACCAGUCGUUGAUGUUACAGAUGGUUCUUUUGUGUGCCAGAGAUUCAACUCCUGAUGGAGUUUGCUCUGCCGUCUGCGACUGUGUCGUUUUUGAUGCUCCCUCUGACCGCUGAAGUGUUUAAAUUACAACAGUGGGUUUGUCAGUUUUCAGGCUGCGGAGCUUUUAAAGAGAAAAGAUAUUUUCUCUAUUUAACUUUGGGGCAAACGGACCGAUCACAGUGACGUAUACGAACUAUUAAACUGACUUUAAAGACUUGUUAUUGUUUAUUUUCUACAGCAACAACAAGAAGAUAUGUUUAUUUCUAGAUUUAUUUAUUCCCAGUGGGAAAUAAAUGGUUGCUACAACACCUAUGAUACAAGAAAUGUUUCCAGUCAAAUGCCUGGAAAUUAGUUCAAUUAUCAGCUAAUAACAGGAAAUGUAUAAUAAUGGAUUAUACCUAUAUUUAAUAAUAAUAAUUAAUUUUGAAUUCUUAUGCAAAACGAUUGACAGCUUUAUGUUCUAUGAAUGUUUUUGAUGAACUUUACUAGAAAAAACCAACAAUCUGAGAGUCACAACUGUUUGUUUGUUGUCAAUCAGAGUUAUAAAAUAUUAAUAUUAAAUAUUAAAUCAUCCAUCUUUGCUCGCUAAUUUCAGCCUUUCUGAGUGUGUGAGAACGUUAAGAACUUAUGUUUAAGAUAGAAAAGAUGUGAAAUUAACGGUUAUCAGGAAAUAUGUGUUUCAACCCUUCAGAUUAUUUAAACCUGGGUAUUAUUUUAUUUUAAAUAUUGGAUUAUUGGAAGGAUAAACUGACUUCACUCAACGUUCAGCUAACAUUUGGCAUCAAAUCUGUUUUGGAAAUACAGACGGUUACAUCUACAUUAGUGUUUCUGGUUGAUUAAUUAAUACACACUGAUGAUGUUUGUAUGUGUAAAACUUUCUAUUAUUUCUGUAAAAUAAAAUACAUUCUCCUUGA